AUGGUCGCAGCGUCGUCGUCGUCUUCGCGGGCCAAGCCCGUGAAGCGUGUGAAAGGUGGGACGGAGACAACCAAGUCGCAUCGAUUCGAGCCGUUUUCCCAGCGAGUCGCAAAGUUGAAGAUCGACCCGAUUCAUCGCGUGCGCCGACCCAGCUUUGGUGAAGAUGCCGAUGAGACAUCCUCCUAUUUUCGCUCCGCCUUCGAGCACUGGACCGAGCUGAACCUGUCCGACAAUUUCGUCCAAUUCGCCCGCCGAGUGAACCCGCUGUGCGAGAGCUUGGCUCAGAUCCUGUACCAUGAGGAGAAGAUUAUGAACUAUUUGGUGGAGUACAUCGAGAAGAGGGAUAAGUUGUCGAUUGAACCGCUUCUCGGUCUUCUGGCCCAGUUCGCGCGCGAUUUGGGCGUCAGGUUUGAGAAGCAUUUCGCGACUGCGGUCACUUUGGUGGCUUCCGUCGCUGCGAGCCAUCCUGAUGUCGAGGUCGUGGAAUGGUCCUUCUCUUGUCUUGCUUGGAUCUUCAAGUUCCUUUCCCGACUUUUGGUUCCGGAUCUUAGACAGCUUCUAGGUAUUAUGACGCCGUACCUUGGAAAAGAGCGCCAAAAGUCGUUUGUUACCCGCUUCGCUGCCGAAUCGAUGUCGUUCCUGAUCCGCAAGGCUGGUUUGGUGUAUUACAAGAAUACAACUCCUCUUCAACGCGCCGUAUCCUUCCUGCUCGAAGACUUGCGCCAGACUGUUGGGGAGGAUAAGAAUGUGGAGAUGUACAAGGAUGGUCUGAUGGCGAUGUUCGCGGACGCCAUCAAGGGUGUCAAAUAUGGCAUUCAUUCCAACGGAGGCGAUAUUCUCAGCUGUAUCCUGGACAACAUCUGCACCGGCGAUGACUUGCAGAGUAGUUUGGGGCUGGAAGUCGCAAGCGGAGUGGUGACCAACAUCCUCCACAACACUACCGUCGAUACCUUCGAGCCAAUUCUUGAUCUUGUUAGAUCGUAUAUCGAAAAGAACUGCACCAAGGGCGAUAAGCAGCACGCCAUCGCUUGCUCUCGACUGAUUUUCGUGUGUGUCACCACUAGAAAGGGAACGCGAGUGAAGAACUGGAGACCCGUCCAUCAGACACUACUUCUUCUGCUGCAGAAUGCUGCAGGUGCGCCUGGUGCGUACGCUGAAGCUAUCCCUCAGCUUCUCACUGCCGUCGCAUACGCGCUCCAAAUAUCACCAAUGGAUGAAAUGCUGCCGUUCAUGCGCUCGAUCAUGGAUGCCGUAUCGAAUGACAAACUCUCUACGCAUUUUCUCGCAUUCUGUGCCACCUUCUCCGAAUGGGGGCCAGAGAGAUUCCACAGUGUUGUCCUUCCUUAUUUCCAAAAGUUUGUCAACACAUCCUGGAAAGAACACGAGGACGAGCUUUGUCUGUCUUUGCUCCGUCUGAACCAGGCCGGUUGCAUUACGUCCGAGGUAGCCAAACCGGGGUAUAUCACUUGUCCCGCAUCCUGGAAGUCUCGUGUCAAGGACACGUUCAACAAGCCUGACCACAGCGCCACCGAGGUGACCCUCCUUAACGCCUACUCUAAACUCCCCAGCGCCUUGUCUCUCUCGACCGAACCUUCUCUCAUACCCGAGAUGACCAAGACUCUUCACGGUCAUCUCGUCCGCGCUCUGAAGAAGAAGAGCACUGAUCCAUCGGCUACAACCAAGUUUUACCUUGGCCAGGGGUUCAAAACCUACGUGGACCUUGCUACCACUGCUGGUAAUGUUGACUCGGCCCUUUGGGACCGCAUCAGCAAGGUAGCGGCACAAUACUCUCGUCUUCCGGCCUUCCUUGAGGCCACGCUGGGAUACAUUUCCGCCUGCAAACAGGACCUUGACCUGCAAAACUCGACGAUCGAAGUCUUUGCGGAGGUUCUAAUCUCUAACCUCAGCGGUCCUUCCCACAAGCUCCGCCUGCUGUCUUUGAGGAUUUUACGGGAACUUGUUCUGGCUUCCGGCGAGGAUGCCGAGCUUAUCUCCACAGCCAUUGAGAUCGAGGAGAGCCCAUUGACCCUGCAAAGUGCACGAGUUCUGGCAAUGCAUGUGCGUAAGCUUGCAUUAGCUUACCCGCAGGUGGUUUCGCGCAGAUGGAUGGCCAGGCUACUUCCCCAUUUCUGCUUUGGUUUGUUGUCAAAGAAGAUGGCGCCAUUGUGGGAUGAUGCUGCAUCUGCCUUGAAGUCUAUGAGUGAACUGCCUGAGGGGGAGAAGAUCGUCUCGGAUCUCGCAUUCCAGUGGCUCGAUGAGAGAGGAUCGGGCGAGGCAGCUGCGGACGCCAACGAUGAAGAAAGCACUGAAUCCUAUGUUGGUGGUCACUAUACAUGCUCCAACACGAUGAAGGUUGAGGAUAUUUCUGCCAAGCAUUUCGAAACCCCCGAGCAACCUGCUACAGCAUUGUCCGACGGGUUCGACAAAGACCACACGUUCUCAGGCGUUAUUCCCGCUUCGCCUAGGACCCAAGCUUUGCGUGUGCUCAACGCUGUACCGAAUAUUGCUGAAAAGAAGUCUCGUCAGGUCAUUCCCCUGUUCCUUUCUUGGGCCCUACGUGAUGAGGAUGACGGCCCCAGUGCGGAAUCGAAAGAUUCCAAUGUGCCCUAUAUUCCCUGGGGGUUCCACGAUCGGUUGGCGUUCCUUGGCCUCCUUGGGCAGUUCCUGAACCCCCGUGUGUUGUUCAAAGCACCUGAGGUCCAUGAGGCGCUUCUUGGGUUGCUGUGCCACGGUAAUUCUGAAAUUCAAAAGGCUGCACUCAAGGCUCUUUUCACGUGGAAAUCUGGAAACAUCACUCCUUACCAAGAGAACCUUCUUAACAUCUUGGAUGAGUCGCGAUUCCGGGAUGAGCUUUCUGUGUUUGUUCGGGUCGGCGGAGAUGACAGUGUGAUCGAAGAAGGGCACCGGGCUGAGCUUGUUCCUGUGCUUCUCCGGCUUUUGUAUGGUCGAAUGAUCUCCAAGGCCGGUGCAAGUUCUGGCCAGGCAGGCCAAGCGGGUCGCAGAAAGGCUAUUUUGAGAACGUUGUCGCAGUUGCCUGAUAAUGAGUUCGAGAUCUUUAUGCAGGUCUCAUUCGGAGCGCUGGGAGAGCUCGACUUAUUACAAAACAAUCAAAUCAAACAGCAGGCUUUCCAACAAGAACUUGUUUCCCCCAGACGCCAAAGCGGUUUGCUGAAGAUGAUUGAAACCGUCUUCGAAACGCUCCAAAGCCGGGUGGCUCCUUAUGCCGAAAAGUCCCUGCAAGUGGUUCUCUACUGUCUCGUCCGGGCAUGUCGCGAGAUAGAAAAGGAUCAACCUACGCCUGCUGCCGAUUCGCAAGAAGGACGUCUGUUGACCGUUCUGCGCAAUAUUCGUCACACUUGUAUUCGUUGUCUGGAGCUUAUCUUCUCCACCACGCAGGAUCAGGAUUGGUCGCCCUAUGUCGGUGCCAUCUUCGAGGAUGUUAUCAACCCUAGGAUCGAGAACUUUGCAACCGAAACUGCUCAGGGUGUGUCGGGUCUUCUUCGACUCUUCCACGUCUGGGCUUCUGCUCCUAGGUCUACGUUUUAUCUUGUCCAGCACAAUGACGUUGUGUUGAAGAAGGUUGUGGACUGUCUCGGCGUGGAGUCAGCUCGUGACGAAGUCAAGGUCUUUGUCAUGGACGAGAUUCUGGUGCCACUCGUCAACCUCGCCACGGGCAAGGAGCUGCAAGAGCAGGAGAAGAUAAGCGACAUUCCUGCCGAUGAAAUCCGUACUCAGGUCCUGUCUCCUUAUAUCGAGCACACCCUGUCUCAUCUCAGCAGACUGCUCAAGCGCGGCCCUUCCCGGUCCGUCUUGGUUUCUGGCGUGCAGGCGCUUUCUCUCAUCUCGCCAUGUGUUGAGUCCUCGAAAGAGACGUACAGUCUCAUCAGCAUCACUACCUAUCUACUCCGUCAACCUCCGGACCGUGUGUCCCCCAAGACCAAGUCUGGCCUGCUACGGACCUUGGAACAUUUCUUGCCCCUCUUUGACCCCAAGGAGGAUGCUACUCUCUCCGGAGAGGUUUUCGAAGCUGUGUCGUCCAUGUUCGAUUACUUCAAGGACAAUGCCAACAGAGAAAUUCUGGCUAGGGUCUUCACGGCCUUUGCCAGACGGGAUGAGGAGCUCGUUCAGGUCGCUUCUCUUUGCGAGGACCUCAACUCCGUGUCCAUGAAGAGGCUCGAAGUGGAUUAUGAACGUCGUCUGCAGGCCUUCCGGGAGGUCAACGAGAAUCUUUGGGACAAGCUCAACGCUAAGCAGUGGCGGCCUCUUCUCUACAACAUGCUGUAUCAGGUCAAGGAUGAGGAGGAACUUGCGAUCCGGUCGAGCGCUUCGUUUGGUCUGAAGCGUUUCAUGGAACGGGCUGUUCUUCCCACCGGUGGCGAUGCUGAGGAUUUCGAGCCUCUCGUUACUGAGGUUUUGUUCCCUGCUCUGCAGGGUGGCAUUCGCCAGAAAUCCGAGCUCAUUCGAUCCGAGUUCCUUUCCGCUCUUGGAUACUUCGUCAAGCUCAACCCCGAGCGUCCGGCUGUGAAGGAUAUGCAUGUUCUGCUUGUUGGUGAUGACGAAGAAGCGUCUUUCUUCAACAACGUUCUCCACAUCCAGCAGCAUCGUCGUCUUCGGGCCCUGCGCCGUCUUGCCAGCGAAGCAGCGAAGGGGAACCUUCAGGCUUCGAACAUCAGCACAAUCUUCAUUCCUCUCAAUGAGCACUUUGUGUUUGAUGAGGAAGCUGACGAGGCUGACCAUAACCUUAUCGCGGAGGCUGUGAUCACUAUUGGAGCCCUGGCAGAAUGGCUGGAUUGGAGUCAGUUCAGGGCUAUCUUCCGGAGAUAUCGUGGUUACAUGCAGAGCAAGUCCGACAUGGAGAAGAACAUCCUCAGGCUCUUGGGCAAGAUGGCUGAUUCUUUGACUAACGCCAUGAAUCAGCAUGCGGCCAUCAAAGCGGCUGCUCAGGACGGAAUGGAUGGGCUGGAGACUUCUGCGCCGACUUCUACGCUGGCUCGGUCCAUUCCCUCUGUCACCAAGGUUGCGAAUGAGUUGACGACAAACUUCACCCCUCAGUUGACUGAUUUCAUUCACCACAAGAAUGAGGCGCAGAUGAGUCUGCGUCUACCUGCUGCCGUCACGACGAUCAAGCUUCUUAAGUUGUUGCCUGAGACCGACAUGUCAAUUCGGUUGCCACCCGUUCUUCUGGACGUGUGCAGUAUCCUCAAGAGUCGCACCCAGGAAACACGAGACACUGCCCGGAAGACGCUGAACGACAUUGCCCUGCUGCUAGGCCCGCCCUACUUUGGUUAUAUCCUCAAAGAGCUUCGGACUACUCUCACCAAAGGUUACCAGCUUCACGUGCUGUCCUUUACGGUCCACUCAAUGCUUGUCUCGACAACGGAUGAUUUCAAGCAGGGCGACCUGGAUUACUGUUUGACGGACUUGAGCUCUAUUGUGAUGGACGACACGUUCGGCACUGUAGGCCAGGAGAAGGAAGCCGAGGAGUAUGUGAGCAAGAUGAAGGAAGUCAAGAGCAGCAAGAGUUUCGACUCUAUGGAGCUGCUGGCGAAGAACUCUACCGUCCGGAACUUGGCGGGUCUGGUUCGGCCCCUGCAGUCGCUUUUGCGGGAAAAGCUCAAUUCCAAUAUUGUGAGGAAGGUCGAUGAGCUCCUGCGGAGGAUUGGAGUCGGUCUGUUACGGAACCCAGGUGCCGAAAGCCGCGAUAUCCUGAUGUUCUGUUACGAAGUCAUCAAGGAGACGUACAACGCACCGGCCAAGGUCCAGACACAAGUCACCAAGACUGCUCAGGAAGAAAACUUGUUGAUCAACCUUCACGGAUCCAAGCGGGGCGAGAAACGCGGUACCACGUCGUCGUACAUCCACAAGUUGACGCGCUUCUCCCUUGACGUCCUGCGUGCUAUCCUCAGCAAGUUCAGCUCCCUGCUCACGCCGGCCAAUUUGGCCGGAUUCAUUCCCAUCAUUGGCGAUGCCCUGGUCCAGGCCCACGAGGAAGUCAAGAUCUCGGCUCUUCGUCUGUUGUCGACUAUCAUCAAGCUUCCUAUCCCGGAGAUCGACAGCAACUCUCAUGUCUACUUCACCGAAGCGGUGAAGGUAAUCAAGGAGGCCCCGAGCACGAACACUGAGGCCGCGCAAGCAUCGUUGAAGUUGGUCUCGGCCAUGCUCCGGGAGAGAAAGAGCACCAAGCUCCGAGAUGGACAUCUCGCUUACCUCCUCCAACGUGUUACCGCGGAUAUCGAAGAGCCUGACCGUCAAGGCGUCACCUUCAACUUCAUCCGGGCGGUUAUGGCACGGAAAUUCGUGGUUCCUGAAGUGUACGAACUGAUGGACCACAUCGCCACCAUGAUGGUCACCAACCAGACUCGCUCUGCGCGCGAUCUCGCUCGCGGCACAUACAUCCAUUUCCUGAUCGAGUACCCGCAAGCCAAGAACCGCUGGACCAAGCAGCUCAGCUUCCUGGCUAAGAACCUGGAGUACAAGCACCAGGAUGGUCGCCAAUCCGUCAUGGAGGCGAUCCAUAUGCUGUUGGCUAAGACUGGCGACGAGCUCGCCCAAGAUAUUGUCAGCACCUUCUUCCUGCCGGUGGUCAUCGUCAUGUCGAAUGAUGACGCGCCUGAGUGCCGUGAAAUGGCUGGUACCCUGCUGGGAGAGCUCUACACCCGGGCAGACCGGGAGCAGAUGAAGGCCAUGCUUGCCCCUCUUCAUACCUGGCUGGAGCAAACGGACAACAUGCUUCUGACCAGCACCGGAUUGCAAGCCAUGCGGAUCUACUUCGAGGUGGAAGGCACCGAAAAGGACAAGGAAGCUCGGUUCGUCGUGGACAUGCUCCCGGCUAUCAUGCAGCCUGUCCUCAAGGCCGAGGAGACCGAGAACUGGCAAGCUCUCUACUUCUCCUUGCAGCUCUUCUCCAAGCUCUGCAAGUCUGUUCCUGCGAUUGCGCUCGCCAAGGAGCGCGCUAAAAUCUGGGCCGCGAUCCGUGAAUGCCUGUUCUAUCCCCAUGCCUGGGUCAAGACCUGCGCCGCGACCCUCGUCGGCACCUGGCUUGCGGACCUGGCCAAGCACAACGCGGCAGAAGGAUACGGCUCUCUCCCGCUGGCUGGCUCCACGGGAUUGGCGCUCGACAAGGACGCCAUGUUGCAGCUGAUCCGCGCCAGUUUGCGCUCCCUUCGCACUCCUGCCGUCAGCGAGGAGCUCGCCAUGCAGUCCGUCCGCAACAUCAUCUUCCUCGGCCGCUGCUGCGCUCAGAACGGCCUUGAAUUCCCAAAGGCCGGUGGCAAGGACGCCGACUCGGACGUCAGCGAUAGCGAGGACGAGGCGAACGACGACGAAGCUGAACGUCCCGCGAACGCACCUAAAUCCGCGAUUCGCUACAUCUUCGAGCAAACGUCUUCCAUCCUGCGUCGGGAACUGCUUACCACGCGAGCCGAAUCCCUGAUCCCCAAGACCGCCUCCAUCGGUCUCUUCGCCUCGCUCUGCCGACACCUCGAAGUCGAGCAACUCCACGAGUCGCUCUCCGUCAUCCUCCUCCCUCUUCUCCACAUGACCGACAAUACCAUCCCACCCCCUCGGUCCUCCGACGAAGUCUUCCGGGAAUCAUACAAGGGCCUGGUGUCCAACUGCCACGAGGUGCUCGACAUCAUCCAGAAGAAGCUCGGACCCACCGAAUACAUCACCCAAAUGGCGAAGGUGCAAGACGCCAUCAAGGAGAGACGGGAAGGACGUCGUGUCAAGCGCCGCAUCGAAGCCGUCACCGAGCCGGAGCGGUACGAGAAAGACAAGCGGAGACGCAACGACCGCAAGCGCGACAAGAGAAAGGAGCGGGGUGCCGAACAUCGCAGUCGGAGACGUGGUUGGUAG